AUGUUCAAGGCCAGAAGACUGAUUUUAUAUUUGAUUAUCGUCUUUGGCAUAUUGGCUAUCAGAAAGUUGUCCCAACCUGUCUCACCAAUGACUUCGAAAAAUCCCGUGGUUAUCAUCGGUUCCGGUUUGGCUGGUCUAAGUGCUGGUAACCAGUUAGUCACCAGCUACAAGAUUCCAAUCGUCCUGCUGGAUAAGGCUGCAUCUGUCGGUGGCAACUCCAUUAAGGCAUCAAGCGGUAUCAAUGGUGCCUUAACCAACACCCAGAAGGCACUCAGCGUGCAGGAUUCCCCGGAAGCUUUCUUCCAAGACACAGUCGAGUCCGCUAAACAUAAGGGCGUAGAAUCGUUGAUGAACAAGUUAUCUCAGGAGUCCAGUUCAGCCAUCCAAUGGUUGCAGCAAGAUUUCGGGUUGAAAUUGGAUCUCUUAGCACAACUUGGGGGUCACUCCGCUCCAAGAACCCAUCGUUCCUCUGGAAAACUGCCACCCGGGUUUGAGAUAGUUCAAUCCUUGAAGAAGAACCUUGAGUCUAUCGCUGAGAAGGAUCCAAACUUGGUAAAGAUUCUACUAAACUCAAAAGUGGUCGAUAUUUCGUUGGACUCGGACUUGAGAGUUUCUGGUAUUGAAUAUAUCGACUCUGAAGGCAACAAGCAGUCCCUUAAGACUGAUAAUGUGGUUUUCUGUUCCGGUGGAUUCGCUUACUCUAAAGAUAUGUUGAAGCAGUACGCCCCACACUUGGUCAGUUUACCAACCACGAACGGUCAACAAGCUACUGGUGACGGGCAAAAGAUCCUAGAGAAGUUGGGCGCUGAUUUGAUCGAUAUGGAUCAAGUUCAAGUGCAUCCAACAGGUUUCAUCGACCCGAAUGACCGCACCAACCAAUGGAAGUUCUUAGCUGCAGAGGCCUUAAGAGGUUUAGGCGGUAUCUUGCUAAACCCACUGGACGGCAAGAGGUUCUUCAAUGAAUUGGGAAGGCGAGACGACGUCACCAACGCCAUUCAAUCAAAAUGCCCUAAGGAUGACAAUAGAGCGCUCCUAGUGAUGAGUGAAGACCUCUACGCCAGCUACAAGAAUAACAUGGACUUCUACAUUUUCAAGAAACUGGUUAAAAGGAUUUCGAUUAAAGAGCUCGUAUCUCAUUUCAAUAUUCCGAUUUCUGCGACCGAAUUGGCAAAGGAUUUACAAGCCUAUUCUGUCGCAUCAGAGGACACGUUUGGCCGUAAAUCGCUUCUCAACCGCUUUGGCGACUCAGUAAACCCAGAUACCGAAGUAUUCGUUGCCGAAGUAACCCCAGUGGUUCAUUUUACUAUGGGUGGUGCAAGAAUUAACGAAAACUCGCAAGUUGUUGGCAAGAACGGGAGAGCUCUAGCAAACGGGUUGUACGCCGCGGGAGAAGUCUCAGGAGGUGUUCACGGUGCGAACAGAUUAGGUGGCUCAAGUCUACUGGAGUGUGUCGUGUUUGGCAGGACAGCUGCUCAUAACAUAGCUCGUAACUACUAA